UUCAGGAGUCGUGAACGUGCAGAGUGGUGCGCGUGCUGAAGUCAGCGCGCGCCCCCGCGCUCUCUCAGGUGAAUGCGUUCAGCAGUGUGAGUGAAUGUGUGUGUGUGUGUGUGUGUGUGAAGGGAAAAUGCUGCUUCUCAGACUGCAGGUUUUCUGCGCCGCGGCGAUGUGUGUGUUGUGUUCCAGCCAGCGGGGUCUUGUGAUCCGAGACGGUGCAGUUCCCAAACCAGGCAGUGAUGCAGCUGCUCAGGACGCUCUCCAUGGUCCCUCUGUAGAAGGUGGUCAGGAUGGGAGAUGGAAGAUGAGCCUUCCUCAGCCUUCGCAGGAAGUAGAGAUGCUGCUGGGCUUUCCUGGUGAUGGAGCUGGUGUUGAGUGACCAGGUGAGGUCCUCCGCCAGGUGAACACCAAGGAAUUUGGUGCUCUUGACGAUCUCCACGAUGGACCCAUCGAUGUUCACCUCCAUGUUUCCCAAAUUGUACCGAGUAUUUUUCCAGUGUGGUGCGAAGUUGGACGUUGUGGACGUACAGGGUCUCAUUCUGUCUCCUGGUUUUCCCGGUAACUACUCGUCUGGCACGCACUGCGUCUGGCAGUUUUUUGUCCCCGUCGGUCAUCAGCUGACCAUGGAAAUGUUUUAUUUCGAUGUUUUUGAGAGUUCCGAGAGAACCUUGAGCACAUCGGCAGAUCUGAUGACGAGUGAAGAUGGUGAAGAACAUCUCCCUACUAAAGGCUUAAGCAGGAGUCAGUCUGAGCUUCAGGAGCCGUCCAUGGUAACCAUGGAAAUCCGAGAAGAAUCCAGGGAAACAGUGUGGAAUACGUCGCAGCGGCUUUCUGAGCGUCUUUCACACCCUGGGAUAUCAGAUCACCAGCAAGAAAAUGCAGAAAACUCCACCAUUCCUUCAUCUGUAGAGGACGACACUGACCACCCGCCUCCGUCCAGCACACCACCUACCGUCACCGAGGACGUAUCUGAGACGCCGCAGCCAGUGAAGGACAUGUGUCCAGACGACGUCCUGUACAUCACGGACCUGAUCACGUUUUCUUCUCGGUUUUGCGGAUCCAAGCGUCCGUCUGACGACCGGCUGGUGUUCGGCUCUGACGUGGAGAUGGUGGAAGUGAUCAUGGAGCUCAUCACCAACACGCACUGGGGUCGAGGGUUUGCUCUGAUAUUCCGUUAUCGCAAUCAAACAGCCGUGGAGGUCGGGGGUCAGAGGUCAUCGGCACCCUCUGUUGGCGCAGUAGAAGCACUGCUUGCUGCUGUUAGCCUUGCUGCUUUAUUCGCGACGGGUCUUAUGAUCGUUCUCUGUGUGACUCUGAGACCGAAACUCUGUGUGAAAGAAUCCAACAUGGCGUCCUCCUCCAUCACCUCCGAGGUCCCAGUUCAGAACAUACACACUGAUGGCAGUGAACUUCAGCUGGUUUCAGCAAAUCGCUCUGAACAAGAACUCAACAAACAUGACAACCUCCGCUUACCUCACACAGGUAAUGCCUUCCUUUUACCUCACACCGGUAACACCCACCUUUUACCUCACACAGGUAACGCCCACCUUUUACCUCACACAGGUAACGCCCACCUUUUACCUCACACAGGUAACGCCCCAGACUGCCGAAGUUUCCAAAAUGCCGAGCUGGAGUGUUCUGAUGGCCUGAUGGAGAUGGAAUUGGGGACAGACGAAGUGUUUGUGAUCUCAAACGCAGCCACGCCAUCAUUUUCUCAUUGCACACACCGUGAACAUAUUCUGCGGCACAGUGAGACCGGAUCUGUGCAGCCGUCUGAUUGGAUGCCUCGCAGUGAGCCCUCUAAUUGGCCGAGUCGUAGAAGCCAUGUUGGAUCAGCGCGUCCUCGAGCGUGGAGCGUCCGAACCUUCCACGACUUCCUACUUCCUCUUCCUCAAUUAAACAGGAAGUGGUGCAGCUGGAAUUUAACGAGCCCCUUCACCAAACUAGUGGACACUCUUCCUCCAGGUUCUGUGGUGGGCGGUGCCGACGGCGUGAAGAUUCCCUCGGUUCAGCAUCAGCGUCGCUACAACAGUGGGCGCUCUCAGACGUCUCAGCAGCUCUGCGAGCCCGAUGGCGCCCUCUGUGGACUGGAGCAAGGAGUGGAGGUAAAAAUCUGCAAGUUCUCUGCUGCUGAAGAUGAAGCUAAUCUCACCAUUCCAGAAGAAGACGAUCGAGAACCUCUGGUUUCAGCCGAACCUCAAAACCGAGUGAAAAACAGCGAGAUCGGGAAUCACGAGUCGUUUCCUUCAUUAGGCUCCACCCACUUGGCCUUUACAGAUGAGGACUUGACUGUUUUGAAAAACACCAGUAAGAUCCAGCUUCCCUCGCUGAGUCAUGUGACCGUGCCGUGUGACUCGGCGGGAAAGGACAUGUGAUCGGCUCAAACCGCACACUGUCACAGCAAACAGCGUCGUAUCUGUUCUAUGUGGUAUUUAGCAAGUAGCACCAGCUAACCAGGUGCGUUUCGAGGGACAGAAUGUCAAAAACAAUGACUGGUCAGUGAGCUGUUUUAUUCCGGAUGUUGAUCAGAUUUCCGCUCCAGCUGCCAGGCUAAUUUAGCUAACACAAAAGGCUGUCUCGCAUCUGAGUAACGCGUGCUAAAAGUUUUCCUGUAAUUUAUUCAAAUGUCAUAGUUCAGUGUGUGAUGCCGAGAAUACUGUAUUUACACAUGUAAAACAAUUUAAACUGGAACUUAUCUUUUGCAUCACUUCCUGUUUUCAAAGCAGGAACUUGUUAGAGGUUCAGAGUUGAAGUUGUCCAAGAUGGCGGCCCCCAGAGCGUUCCAGUGCUUAAGAUCUAUGUCUUAAGGUUAGAUCUCUGUUAACUACAUGUGUUUCAGAGCUGCAGAGCAAACGAUUCAGUUGACUCAAACGAUUCAGUUGACUCAAACGAUUCAGCUGACUCAAACAAUUCAGUUUAUUCAAACGAUUCAGUUGACUCAAACGAUUCAGCUGACUCAAACAAUUCAGUUGAUUCAAACGAUUCAAAUAGUUUGUUCUGCUUCUGAAUCAUAUUACUGAACUUUACUAUUUAGUAUGGCAGAAUGUUGUUUAGAGUGUGUGUGUGUGUGUGUGUGUGUGUGUACAACCAUUGACACUGUUUUGCUCCUUUUUCAGAGAGGUAUCUGCUGAUUUGUACAUUUAAUACAGUCGAGCUUCUUUAUAUAACAAAGCACAUUUUUGAUAUCUAAAAAUAUUUAAAUUUGUUGUGGACUGAUUACCAUAAAAAAAAGUUUCUGAUAUUAUUCCACCACAGAUAUGUCACAGUAACAGCUCCUGUUCUUUAUACACACUGUGUUCUUUAAUAUUAAUCACACUUUAUUAUGUGACGAUGUUCUCCUCUUCACUUCACUCACUCCUUCUGCUGAAAGUGUGGAACUCCACUCGCUGUUUUUAUUCAUCCUCUGGAUUAUUAACGCUGCUAAAUCCUUCACUCUGCUGUGGUGUGUGUGUGUGGAGUGAGAGUGAUGCCGUGGUGUGUGUGUGUGUGUGUAAAUGUUUGUGCAGUGUGUUCACGUGGGUGUUGUGUUUGUAAAUGCAGUAGCAGUGAUGAUCUCCUGUGACUAACGCGUUCUAAAGGGAAAAUGAUUACUGACGUAAAAUAAAGAAAAAGGAUGAAAAGAAUAAAUGCAGUAAUUAACAAAUCAAUCUCAAUAAAAUAUGGUGAGCAGUGGGUUCUCCACCACAGUGGGUUCUCCACCGCAGUGAGGU